UUCUCGUUCUUCUGUUUCUGCUUCUCUGGGAAGGAUUAAGAGAGCAACUAUUACAUACAGGCGUUUCCUUUAAUUGUUUGUUCUGCUGUGUUGGUUCUUCGGUUACGCAACCUGCUUCCUUCUGGCAGAGUUGAUAGAGUUAUCACACUUGGGGUUAUUUGCUAGCAGUUCUUUUUUCGGAGGUGCCUCGCACGACCUAUCUAUGACUGGUCUCCAGUCAGACCUUUGCGCUGUUGCUGAGUUGUAAUGCGUGCUCGCCUCUCUCUCCUCUGCUGCUUGGGAACUCUGCCUGAUCGCCUCGCGCCUCCUCAGCUUGUCGAUGUCUGGAUCUAUACCUAUAGAGUCCCCCCCCCCCCCGGCAUAGCCUGCCUGCGUUACGUAGUUCGGCUGCUUAUUUCUUGCCUUGGGUGCUGGAGAGGGUUAUCGGGUAGGGUGCUCUAUAGGUUAGGUACCUCUCUAGUACUAGACCUGUGCAACGCUCGCUGUACUCCCGAGUAAAAGAGAAGCUGGAGGCUGCGUCAGGGGCAGAUUGGGCAGGACAUUUUGGCGUGUUUGCUGCGGGGGUAUUAAUCAGGGAUGACUAGACAGGCGGGCGGUCUUAUUCCGCGAGUGCUGCGGCGACGUGAGGCCGUUUGCCCCUUGUACUUUUUGGUCAGAGGAGAGAGAUAAAAAGAUGCUUUGUAGGUGUGAGCUGUUGCGUGUUUGUUGGCGGCAGAGAGAGAGAGAGAGAGAGAGAGGUGUUGCUUGCAUUGCAACGAGCCGUGUCUGGUUGCCUCUGCACAAUGCAACUACCUAACUACUUUACUCGCUCUCGGCGUUGAUCCGGCACCACAAGGAGUAGCGCCGCCUGCGUGGCUGACAAGAAGAAGAUAAGAGAAAUGUACUGCGGAGUAAGGGAUAUUGCAUUCGUCGCCCCUUGAUAUGCCUACAGCCCAUCUGGUAUGAUGUUCAAGGAUAUGAGAUGAUGUUUUUUUU